CCUCAAGAGGUUGGUGGUGGUCCACCAAAUGGCAGUAAAGAGGACGAAAUACUCCGAGCUGCCAGGAGGUGACGCCAUCACCAGCUUCUUAGAUGGGGCUAAAUUGAAAAUUCCCCAGCUGCUCGACGAGCUGGAGGAGGAGUACACAAACAACCUCCGGUUCCGGCUGUACGGCUUUAUGUGUGGCUAUUGGAGCUGCGUAUUUGGUCACAGGCCUGGAGUGUACUCUAACAUGACCGACACAGAGUACACGCAGGCCCUGGCCAGUGGUGGAGAGCAGGGCUACUUGAUACAUGUCAAGGAGCACAAGACCAAUAAGUCUUUUGGGGAGGCCCAGCUGGUCCUAACAGGUGUGGAGUUUGGGUGGCUCCAAAGGUGGAUGGCCAUAAAGAACAAAGUCCCCAAGAAGGAGAAAAACACAUUUGUUAUGUUCACAAAAGGGACCGGUCCCUGUAAGAACUUAAACAAUUGCCUGAGGAUGGCCUGGGCGGAGCUGAGAAUUGGCGGAAAUAUCAGCUUCACCCUUAUCCGGACGGCACUUGCGCACUACGCAAAAAAGACCACGGACGUAACUGCCAGGAAGAGGGUGGCAGAUUUCAUGUGCCACGAUGUGACCACCGCCGACCGCUUUUAUGCCAGGUGCCCUGAUGUCACGGAGGCUAUGGCCAUCCGCUGUCUCAUACGAGACAGCCUCAGGACGGAGGAGAGGGCCGGACCAUCAACUGCCGUGGUGGCAUCCUUUACUCCGCUGGGAGGAAGGACAUGUGUGGAGGAGAGCAGCAUUUGUUAA